AUGACGGUGGGUUAUUUUUAUUUUUUUUUUAGUUCUUACUAGAAUCCAGUAAAAAAAGUGAUUUUAUUUUUACAGUUUUCACUGGAAAGUUUUUUUAAAAAUUUUUUCUUGUUAAAAUUUAAGGAAAGAUAUUGAAAACUACUGUUUAAUAGUCUUUAAAAAGAACUUGCUGUUUUUUAGGGGCUUUGACGAGUUCCAAAAAAAGUUUCAAAUGUGGCAAGCUUUUUUUCUAGUUUUCUAUUCAGAUCUUUGUAGAAAGUUUUCCAAAAGUUCACAAAAAAAUAAUGUUGUUCAUCAGAAUGAGGGUUAGAUAAGGAAGUUAACUUUCCGAAUAAUUUAUUAACCAACUCUAGUAUUCUAAAGUAUUCUAAUUAAAAAUCUUUUUUUCAGGGCUCAUUCCCGGAAUUUAUCGAACUUGCCGACGUCAACGUUCAGUACACGUUGAAAACAAUAUAUUCUCUCGGUGUUCAUGUUUCUACCAAGAUGUCGAAUCUGCAGCAGUUGAUUUCCGGCCAAAAUGACCGUUGCCGAGCCGCUUUUCAAACCUGGCGCAAUCAGGUUAGGGAGAUGAAAGUUUGAGAAAAAAAAAUGACGAAUGAGUAGAGUAACAUACGAAAAGGGAGGAAAAUGAAAAGGAAGUUUCAAGAUUCAAACAAAAAAAAAGUAUUUUUUUUUGAAUUCGUAAAGAAUUUGACCCGAAAAACACAACAGAUAUCUCAUAAAAAUGUUUAUUCAGAUUGAAAUGAACGGAGAGCCCGCUAAUAAUCGAUAUGGACGAGUUACACCCGAAAAAACUAACAGUUAUUCGUCCAGCAUGAGCCUGAGGCCGACAAAAACGGACGAGGUGGUAAAAAUUGAACAAAAAAUGGAUUUAAAAGUUGAAAUUUUGUGAAUGUUUGUUUCUCGAUUGCCACUAGGGCCCUCACAUAAAUUUCUAGCGAAGAAAAUAAUAAUUUUUUUAAGAGCUCAUUUUAAAUUAUAUAACUUUACGUCUCGAAAAUAUUGUUGAUUUUGAUGUUGGCUGUGAGUUUUGAAAGCUUCUCUAUAUUAUUUUUUCAGAAGGAAAGUAAAAAUCUCUUAUUCAAUUCCCUGUCAAUGAAGCUUAGUUCCUUACCAGUUUAGAAAAUUCAAGUUAUAAGCCAAAUUCCCUCUCAAGUUUUAAGGAAAAGGCUCAAAAACAAAUUAAUGAAAAAGUCGCGUGAAAAAGCAGUACUUACGUUUCAAUCAAGUCUUGGAAAUCCGUAAUUUCGAUCAUUUUUUGCACGAAAAUUGGUUAUUUUUCAAGGAGAAAGCUCGCGAGGUGGAGAAACUAAAGGAAUCGGCUCCGCUGUCAAUUCGACGUCUGAUGCGCGGAAGUUCUCUUCUGGAGGCCAUCAGAACUUUGAAAGAAAAUAUGACCAAUGCAGAUCCGUCGACGUGGGACGACUUCGAUUCCUGGAUGGCAAAGGCGAUUUUCUCUAACGUUGAUUAAAUAUGGUACUUUCUCGGGUAGAGUCGGAAUGGGGGAUAAUGGCCGCUAAAAGGAAAAGGCUCGAAAAAGGCUGCAGAAAAGCAGCAAAAAGGCCGCAAAAAAGCAGCAAAAAGAGUCACUUUAUCGAGCCUUCCAUUUUUUUUUUCUGCGAUUUUAAAGACUUAAAAAUGGCGGGAAAAGGGAGAGGUAGCAAAAAUAGUGCAUAACAGCCGAUGAAAUGGUCCUAGAAGGCAGCAAAAAAGGAACAUUUUUAUGGAUCCUUUUUCGACCCUUCCGCCUUUGCUCAUGUUGUAGACGCAUCAGGAAGAGUUUUAAUUGUUAAAAUGAUGAAGUUUUUUUCAAAUUUAUUUCAAAUAAUAUUUCUGCAGAGUUUUUGAAAGCGUUUUAUUUUUAAUGCUUCGAAAGUUUUUUUUGGAAAAGUAAUCAUUUUCGCUAGAUUACAAGUAGGUAUUUGGAAUCGCCACAACAAGCUCUAUCUGAAAGUUUUGAUGCCUGAAAUGAAAAAUUCCAAUAAUUUUUACCGCCCAUGUUCGUCUGAUACGCUAAUCUCAAAAAAGCUGUUAAAUUUCGGAAAGUGGUCAUUGAAAAUGAAGGAAAAUGAAUUUUUGAGAUAAUUUUCAGCGGAUAACUUUGAAACUUCAAUGUCUUAGAGGGCGUUCUGUCGUCAGAAUUUUCCCUUUUGGAUAAAUUCUAAAAAGUUUGCAGCAAAUAGACUUAUUGGCGAUUUUUUUAAACGAAUUCUAUAAUUAUCUAAAAAAAUAUAAAGAUAUCGGAAUUCUAGAAAGUCAGAGUUUGCAUUUACCAGAAUUUCUUGAAACGCUGCUUAUAUAAAAAAUGAAAAAUAGAGUAAUUUUUCAGAAGUUCCCCGGCUUCACGCCCAUGGAACGGUUCCCUUCGUUCAUCGCCAACGCCCCCGGACCAGCGAAAAAAGAACUAAUUGACUUCUACAAAAAUGAAAAUUUGAAGAUGGAUAUGAAAAUCAAAUGCUUGGAUGAAAUUGUCAAGGACCUCAGCAACGAGGUCCAGCACGAUUAUCAAAUUUGGAGGCUCAUGGUGAGUUUUUGGUGGUGGGAAAUGUGUAGCUUAAGUUUUUUUCAAAGUAAAUAUAAAAUUUGAGAAUUUCUAGAAAGAGGUUUGUAAAAACUAAAGUGGCCACUAAACCCAUCUCUAUAGUGGCCACUAUUUUCCGUUUUAGUGGCCACUUCAGUAGUUUUUCAUCCAGUAUUCCUUACAGUAACUUCGAUAACUUUUAGAAAAAACAAAUUGGACCAGUUAUAUUGAUCCAUUGAUCCCUAAAGUGGUCGCUAAAAUUUUUUGUGGUCUAUUAGUAGCACUUAGACCUCUAUAGUGGCAACUUAUUUUUAAGCCCUUAAGCGGCCACUAAUUUGACUAUUAUAGUGACCACUAAAAUGUCGAAACCCUAUAGUGGCCACUAAAAAUUGUCCCAGUGAGACUGCCUUUGAGAUUGUGAUUCCUUAUUAAAAUAAGUUUUUGGUGAUAACAUGAUCUUAUCGGUUUUUUGCACGCGAAAGAUGCGAAUUUUCAGAGAGUCUAUUCCAUACAACAUGAAUAAUUAUUCAGAACUCGUCGGAGUUCCCGUUCUUGCCCAUGGUUGAAGAUUUGCAACGACGGCGCGGUUUGUUGGAGAUCAUCGUCGCUCCAUCGCAAAGCGACGAAGAGAAACUGAAACGCUUGGAUCUUGCCGUCAAGGAUCUCAACAACACGGCUGUCAGCACUGUUUAUAGGAGCUGGAAGGACGAGAUCUUUGAGCCGCAGGGUUUAGAAGUUCAAUAAAUAUCAAUUAAAAAAAUUUUUUCCCUGCAGCACGACGAAGGAGCACCUACGAUCGUGUUUCCGAAACUCGACCUUGCCGAUUUCUUUAAGAAGUAGAGUUCAAAAUUUUGAUAAAGUUUUUCGGGGAAAAUUUUUGAAAUGAGGGCUAGUCGAGCAUCAAGAUCAUUUUUCAGACAAAAAUGAUAUUAAAUUGUGAAUUUUUCUUAAUUCAAACCGUAGCACGGCCGCAGCGCUCAGAAACUUCAGAGUGGUACCUAUAGGGGCGACCUCAGGGGCCCAUGGAGCUUCCCCUCUAGGGCCACUGAAGCUUGGAAAACUGGGCCCUAAAGGGGACAUGCUAGUCGUUUGUUGUUAUGAGCUUUCAUACGAAUAACUCGAUAAACUCGCGUUUUUGAGGGAAAAUAACCAACAGAGACCCUAUAGGGACCACUUGAGCUUUAUGUGGCUUAGGAAUCAGAUCUUCAACCCCUAUAGGGAUCAAUUAAAGUUUUAACCCUAUUGGGACCACUUUGGCGUUUCUAAGCAUGUUGAUUCUUUCAAAUUGUUGAUGGAAAAAAAAAAUGAAAAUUUAGAAGUUUUGGUUUCAGAAAGUCAUGUAAUAUGUUCCAAGGAAACAACUCAUUUUUUCAUUUCGUCACGUUUUACGAAGAAGUUCAGGCUUCGUCCCACGACGAAUAUCCUCGUUUUGGGAGAAACUGGCGUCGGAAAGUCGACGUUCAUCAACGGCUUGGUCAACUACCUGAACUUUGAGGAUUUGGAGGACGCCCUCCAUGAUGGACAUCACGUCCUCAUCGAAAGCUCUUUCACUCAAUAUGUUAAAGUAAAAACAAGAACAUUUUCAAAGUCAAAGUGCUCUUGGUGUAGGGAAAGGAGAAGAAAGUUGAGUUGAAAGCGACGAUGGGAGAGUCGACGAGCAGCGAAAAGAGCAACGAGGUGAUGUCGGCCGGACAAUCCUCGACCCAGGAGCCCAAGGACUACAUUUUCGAAUAUAAUGACGUCUCGAUGCAGAGAUGCAUCAGGUGCAAUAAUUUUGAAAAAAAAAAAAAUUAAAAUUGGCCCAAAGAUAAGCCAUGAGAAUUCAAGUGUGUUUUGAAAAUAUUUUUGAUUUCAACUAUUUUUAUUUUUUUCCAAUUUUUCUAACCUGAGCUUACCGUGGGUUGAGGUUUCAACACACAUUCUCUUAGAACAUCUAAAAAAAGUUUGGUACAAAAAUUUCCUUUUUGCUCCUGAAAGCUCUAGCCACCGGUAUUUGUACAGAUUGCCUCACGGUAAAUCGACCCCAGAUUUCUCAACGGGGCGCGCUUUCUUCCAUCCCUUUUUCUUUUUCUUCAUUGAUAUGCUUCUGUUCCAUUUUUUUCUACUUUUUUUCUAUUGCACGGCGUUUUGAAAAGGGUGGACGUGAAGAGAAAAAUUGGCAUGCGAUAAAAUGUGCCCUGAUGUAAAAGUUCUAACAGCGGACUACGGUUGGAGGAUGCAAGUUUGCAAUAUAUUGUUAUUCAUUUCCCCGUUGUCGUAUCGUACUUUCAUAGAGCUAAGAUUUAAUUUUUUUGAAAUUUUUUUGGAUAUUUUUAUUCGUUCAGUGAAAUUAUUACAAAAUUCGAAUUCUAAGCAUAACAAUUUUUUUCAAGCGGUUUCGUUCUCAUCAGUUUUGAGGCCAUGAUAAACGUAUAUUCCUCCUUUGCAAAUACAGACUUUCCCAGGUCUUGCAAAGGCACAUUCAAAAUGCACCUCGCUAGUACCGUUCCGCCGCCUUACCACUGCUCCUCGCUGCCGUUGCAGUCGGCAGUCGCCAGAUCACAAUACCACACCGCGCGCGCAUUCUCUUGUGUGCGGCUGCGCAUCGAAAGGUCAUAUCUUGACUCCGAGAUUUUUGAAAAAAAUUUGAUGAUUUUUUUCCACGUUCCUUAUUUCACAUGACACUGACUAUUGGAUGUUUUGAAAAAACAGCGCAUACUUGCAGAAAAAAAUAAACCUAAAUUGAGGCAUAUUUUUUUCAAGAAUUAAAGAUUCAAAAAAAUCUCAAAAAUUGAAUCUCAGCUCUAUGAAAGUACGAUACGACAAGGUGAAAAUGAAUAACAAUAGAAAUAGUAGAAAAAAACUAGAACAAACAUAUUUGCAAUGAAGAAACGGAAAAAGAAAAAAAUGGGAUGGAAGAAAGCCCGCCCCGUUGAGAAAUCUGGGGUCGAUUUACCGUGAGGCAAUCUGUACAAAUACCGGUGGCUGAAAGCUCUUCUAUCUAUCGUAGAUAGUGAACAACCUCUUGAAUAUUUAGAACCAUGAUUUAUUAGGCUCCGUCCACUUUCAGGCUUACUGUUAAAAAAAUACCGUAAAAACCAAACUUUUUCCCUAGUGGAGCCAAUCGGUCCAAACUAAUUUUAAAACAUCCAGAUGAAAUUUUUCGUACCAAAGGUUAUUCGAAAAUUCCAGAGAGUGUGUGUUAAAUUUUCUGGAAUUGAGAGCCCAGUUGAGAAAUUUGAGGUAAGUUUCCCAGGUCCAUGUUUAAAGGGGUUCCGCGAAAUUCAGAAAAAGCCGUAGAGAGGUAAAAAGAUAACUAAAUUUCGGAUAAUCAGAGAUAACUUUGAAUCUCAUUCUGGACGCGGCAUAAGAGAUUGUGGACCUUUUUUUUUUUUUUUUGUACCUUCAAAUUUUCGUGGUCUAGUGGUAGCACUUAGACCUCUAUAGUGACCACUAAUUUUUAACCCGUUAAGUGGCCACUAAUUGACUUCUAUGGUGGCCACUAAAAAUUUUCCCAGUUUUCAUAAUUCAAGUCAACCAUCCAAAAAUUCAUUCACUUUCCAGAAUCAUUGACACUCCCGGCAUCGGCGACACGCGCGGAAUCGAGCAGGACAAGAAGAAUUUCGAGAAAAUCCUUCAGUUCUUGAGUACUGUAGAUGAUCUUCACGCGAUUCUCAUCCUCAUGAAACCCAACUCGGCCAAACUCACGACUGUCUUCCGCUUUUGUCUCGACGAACUUCUUGUUCAUCUCCACAAGGAUGCGUCCAAGAACAUCUUUUUCUGCUUCACUAAUGCCAGGUGCCUGAAAGAGUCUGUAAUCUCAGAAAUUUAGUCGUAGAAAGUUUUUUUCGAAAAAAAGUGAAAUUAAGGAAAAAAACUGGUUGAAUUGAAGUUUCUCAGCGGCUUCCACCAGUUUAGUUUUUAAAAACGGAUAAUUACGGAUUUUGUAGAUUUUUUUCACUAAAGUUGAAAUUUUUUUGAGAAAAUUGUUCAUCCCGAAUCAUUUUUUUCUAAUAAGAUGAUAUCAAUUUUUUUCUUUUUCCUGGAGAGUUGAGCAUGUGGAUAGGCUCAUAACGGCUGCAAAGGCAACUAAUUUGAGCUGCUCCCGACCAAGAAACGACUUGCGCGGAGUCAGCCUAGACCACAAAACCGUGACCGCGACGUUUUAAGCCAUUUCAAAUGCGGUCGUGAAGUUUUACCUCAAAAAGAUCGAAGUAAAAAUUUAGCUGAUUUGGGAUCCUAACUAUAGCUGAUUCACGGCCAGCUUGGGACGCUAGGGGGGCGUAUCCUGUCUUCGCUCUCCACGAGCCAGGCGCUAUCUCGUGCAUUAUCGUGUCAGGACCCGUUUUUCGACGGCUCAAGCCAGCCGUGAAUUAGCUAUAGCCCCAAAUCUUCUGGAAAUCGUGUUUUUAUUUCUUCAUGAAGCUUACGCAUUUUCUGUGGAACUCUCUUUUCUUCCUUCUCUGAAAUUAAUCAGAAAGUUUUCCAGAGCCUCGCGCUAUACUCCCGGUGAGUCGUUGCCGACCAUCAAGGAGCAUCUGAAAAAGUUGGACCAGCGGGGAAUCCAAAUUCCACUGGAUGGACCCAACGGAGCGAAUUAUUACUGCUUCGACAACGAAUGCUUCCGAUACCUGUGCGCCAAAUCGCAAGGAAUCGAUUUCGGCGAGAAAGAAAAGGAGGACAGUGAGGAGAGCUGGAGGCGAAGCGUGGCGGAAACGCAGCGGCUAUUCUCCAGAAUCGCCACCACGCACGUCCACGAAAUGAGCCAGACUCUUUGCCUCAACAACACUAGGUUUGUCUGGGAAAUCUGACAGAGAAGGUCAUUUGACUAUGUGGUGGGGUAUAUUGGGCAGAAAACUCCUUGAUGUACCAGAUGAAGAUUUUGAAAGUCUCAACCUGCCCAACUUCCUAGUUUUCCAGAAAUAAGGAUCUAAAAGCCCCUAAAGAGUUCAUUUUAAUGGAUUCUGAGCGUUUUCUUCGGUGGUAUGAAAAAAACGCCGGCGAGAAUUCAAACGGCGACUUUUCCGAUUUUUUUCAUAUCGCUAGGGAACUUUCCGACGGCCACCUUUCCGACGAAACUUUUUCCGACUUUUUUUUCUCGAUAAACUCUUCGUUUUAAAUAUCCCUAUAUAAAGUAGGCAAGUUAUUCAUGUUUAAAACACAAAGAAAUAGAAAAGAAAUGUUCAUAGAUGUUUUAUAAACCGAAAAGCAUAAGGGAAAAAAGUCGGAAAAAGUUUCGUCGGAAAGGUGGCCGUCGGAAAGUUCCCUAGCGAAAUGAAAAAAUCGGAAAAGUCGCCGUUUGAAUUUUCGCUGGUGUUUUUUUCAUACCACCUUUUCUUCGAACAGUCCUGUCUGUGCAGCCCUUUGGGCUAAUCAGUUCAUCGAAUCUUCAUUAUCUUUAUUUUGAACUUUUGUUCGAUCUUUAGAAAGGUUUACAACACCACUGCAAAAAAAGAGAAUAAGCUGAAAAAAGCACUUGAAUCCCAUGAAACUAUCACGAAAUAAAAAUCCAAUAAUAUUUUUCUCAGAAAUGCCAUCCUGGCCCUUACCCGACCUCUGAUCGAAAUCGCCAAAGUGCAGAUGACCAACGAAAGGAUCAUCAACGAGAAAAUCGAGGAGGCCCAGAAAUGCGAGACCGAGGAAGAACGACUUGCGCGUCAGUUAGAACGCGGAAUAUCUGUCUGAAUUAGAUCUCCAGUGAAUACGUUUGUCGAGCAAGUUCAACUGAAGAUCGAAGAGUCGAACAUGCCCCAUACGGUCUGCACGGCGCCUUCCUGCGUCGAGUACCGGCAACUGAGCGCCAAUUCGCCGUACAUGCAGCCCGUCUUCAAGCGGAUUUGCCAUGACCCGUGCUAUUUGACGGGUGUUCAGGUCAAGAUGAUAGUAAUAAAUAAGAGCUUCAUCAGCAAAAAUACAAUAAAAUCGUUAACAAUAAAAAGUAUUUUUUUGGGCCGGUUGAACCGUUGAUUAAACUUGGCUGGAAAGUAUUUUUAAGAUCCUAUAAUAAUAAUAUUAUUUAUUUACAGGCAGAACAAAAAUAAUAUGUACAGAAAAAAAGAGAAAAAAAUUUGGCAUUAAGCCUGAAAUAAAUAAAUAAAAGGCACUUGAGGCCCUCACGAGCCUCUGAGCCAGUAAUGAAAGAAUAAGAGGUGAGGAUUUCACAAAGGUAGUAAAUAGAAAAGAAAGUAUAAGUUAUGACACAGUGUAGCACAGGUGAGUGGGGAAUUUAAUCGUUUGUAAUGAUAUAGACGCGCAUAAGAUGGAUUAGAGUAGGGCUGAAGCACAGGGUGCCUGGUUCAACGGAGUCUGCUGGGAAUAGAUACAAAAAGGAAAUUGUUAUCGAGGGAUAGUAACAAAGACCUGAAACGUUCUGGAGAAACAUUGAGGUUUCCCCAAUGUAGCCAGUUUAUUCCAAAGAGGGAUGAACGUCUCAAAGAAAUUUUUCGAAACGAAUCCCUACUCUGAUAAGACGUGAUGGAGCACGUACCGAAUUCGAUCUCCUGAAAAACACUGUGAGCAACUGGCAAAUGACUCUCCUUAAUAUAAAUUUUUAUGUAGUGUUCUUAGACAAAAUUCGACUCGUCUUCUAAAAAGAGAGUUUGUGUUAAUCUGAGCUAACCUGUCUUCAUAACUAGAAAACCUAAUGUUUGAUCUCAUGAAUGUUUGGCGAGUAAAUUGACGGAAGAUGUUUUUCGAGGGUGUAAGAUAGUUCUGAAGCUAGGGGGACUGAACAACUCACAACAGUAGUCCAUAUAGGGAGCAACGUAAGUAAGAAAAAUCCGGCUCAUUAGAGCGGGAGACAGGGCGCGGAACGCUCUGAUGAUUUGUUUACUUUUUUUAGUUUGCAUAAGGCUAUAACUUUGCGAAGGUGAGGCUCAAAAUGUUAGUUUGUUAUCAAUAAGAAUGCCUAGAUCGCGAACAGCUUCCGCGGAAGAGAUAGUUAUAUUAUUUAUAGUAUACAGAACAUGAGGGUUGCUACGGCCUAGAUGGAGAAAGGGUGGUUUUUGUGUUCGGCCAGGGGAAGACCCCAUUGACUAGACCAUUGGAAAACGUCGUUGAGACCUUGCUGAAGCGCUAUAGGAUCGUCAGAAAAAAUUUUAAGAUCAUCAGCAAAAAGAUAAGCCUUUACAUUAUCAGAUAAGUUGCUGAUAAUGUCAUUAAUGAAUAUUAUAAAUAAGAGUGGGCCGCAGACUGUUCCUUGCAAAAACUCAGAUGUAAUGUUAAAAAGCCGAGCUAGAUAUGAUACCUUCACUAAUGACAAAUGAUUUUCUGUUGGAUAUGAAGGAUGCAAACCAGCUAAUAAGUUUUUGGUCGAAACCGAAAUCUUGGAGCUUGGCGAGCAGAAGGUUAUGGGGGAGCAUGUCGAAGGCUUUGAGAAAAUCAAUAUAUACUACGUCUACGUUAUUACCAAGAGCUAGGGAUCUCUUCCUAAUUAAGAACAAUAUUUUUUCUUGAAAAAGCUUGUAUUCGAGCCAUGACGCUUCAUAAAAUCUAGCGACCCUUUUUUCAAUUUUUGUCUAAUGAAUGAAAGGAACUUCACUAGAAGGUUAUUGUUCUCUCUUGUUCUGAAUUUUUGAAGCCCUAAAACUGUUCUCAGCCACGUUUUGAUAAAAGUUCAACGGACCACCCGAAAAAACUACCUUCGUAGGGAAAAAAUAGCUAGUUUCAGUGUUUGUAGUGCCUAGACGAAAUUGAUGAAUGUCUUGAAGUGAAGAGCCUUUUUUAGUCUUUUUUUUAGGUCAUAAAAGGAUUCUGCGUUUUUCUCACAUCGCGGCAAACAUUUCUGAUCGGGUCUGGCCGAAUUAUCGGCUCGGGCAAAGUCGGACUGGUGGAUAACGGUCGCUAAAAGGGAGAGGCUCAAAAAAGGCCACAGAAGGGCAGUAAAAAGGCAGCAAAGAGAGACGCCUUAUCAAGCCGUCUAUUUCUUCUAGAAUUUUAAAGGCUCAAGAAAUGGUGGAGAAAGGGAGGGGCAGCAAAAAUGAUGCAUAAAGGCUGAGAAAAUGGCGCAAAAAGGCAGCAAAAAAGAGCUUUUCAGCAGCCUUUAUGAACCCUCGGAGGGAUCUUCCGACUUUGCCUAUGAGAGUCGCAUGAGUUUUAAGUGAACUAGUUUCGAUAAAAAAUAAUUCUAACUCAAUUUUGUUUUUUAAAGGCUGAAACGUGCCCCAACGAAACACUGAAAUUUUGCUGGGCUAUGGGUGGCUGUGGAGCAAACUGCCGAAUGUGCGGCUGUCCCUGGAAUACUCAUAUGCAUAUCCGGUCGGAUUGUUCAAAUUGAAGGAGCUUAUCUUCUGGUUCCAGCUACAAAAUCAUCGAAGAACUGGUUCGAGUGGAGGACGAAGACGUGAAGAAGAUGCGGAUCAAGGAAGGAAACACCAAAGCGACCAUCAACAUGUUCAUUGAAAAACAGAAGGAGAAGGUUCAAAAACAUUCCGCAAAUUGAAAAAAAAGGGGAUUAUAACAUUUUCCUGGUAGGACUUUCGGCGUCGAAACUUUGCAUAGAAUGAAGUUGAACAUUUAAAAAAAGGGAAAAAAAUCAUGAGUGCAGGUUCAUUUUUCAGGAAUAGAAAAAAAUAAAAAUUUAUCAGAAAUUCAAUCGGGUUUUUCUGACGUUGAACUUGUCUCUUUUCUAGUUUUUGACUUCAAAUAUUUUUUUACCUCAUAUUCUAAUUGUGUUUGACUUCCCACAUUGCUUUCCAAAAAGUUCAAUUUUGCAAAAAAAUAAUUGAAGAUGAAUUACCGUAAUCCUUUGAGCUACUGUAUCUCGGAAACUACUCGAGUGAUGAUAUUCUGUUUUUUUAAUCUUAAAAAUCGCGUUUUUACAACAUAUCUAAAUUAGAGAAAAAAAUUUAUCAUACCGCUUUUUUUCCCAGCUCAGCUUAAACCCAAAUGGCGCAGAACAAGUCUCUUCUUAACUUUAGAUUUUAUUAGAUAUUUCUGAAAUUUUGAGUUCAGCUGGAAGAGUAUCGAGCGGAGAUGAAGAAGGUGAUGACCUUUGCGGCGGAGUUCUCGGCGUUUCUGAAAACCAACUGCAUGCUGACCCACAACGACACCUACGGACAGUACCUCGAGUGGAAGAUCGGCCAGGAGAAGGGCGUUUCCGAGCGAACCCAAAACACGGAGUUGCUCGAAAAGGCUCAAGCAGCUCAAGGAGAAGCACGACUUCCAGGUCCGUCAGUAUAUUAACCGACUGAAAAAGAAAGAAGGAAAAUAUCAGAGUGAUAAAACGAAAUUCCAGUUGUUGAUGAAAAAAAGAGAUAGCUGUAGAUGGAUCUAAAACUGUUCAAAGCUUUGGUAAAAGCUCGUUGUAGCAGUUUGAUCCGAAACCAAAGAUUCAAGAUUUGUCGUUUCCGGCUCAGGCAAUCUCUGUAAAGAUUUAAAAUGAUUAAUUGAGGGAAUAAAGAACAGCUGCCUAACAAUUUCAAGAGCCGAUAAACUUCAGAGACGGGUUCACCUUCUGAAAUCACUUUUUGAAAAUGAACGCGCAAAUGGACUUUUUGGUACUACGUUACUUAUAUGCCGUGUUCAAAGUAAUUUCCGCGAAAUGCAAAAUACCCGUUAGAGAAAGGAAAAGAUCACUAAAUUUUGGAGAGUCAGAGAUCAUUUUGCAUUUCGCGGAAAUUACUUUGAACACGGCAAUACCAAAUUCAUACCAAAAAAUGCGCCGGAACACCUUUUUUUUUGGAAAAAAAGCCGUACGAAAAUUAUUACACUAAAAAUGAAGUACAAGCCAAAAAAACAGCUCGAAAUUAAUUUUUAUCACUUUAAGAGAAGAUAUUUACAAAAUCACUCUUGGAACUUUCCAAGGGCGCGUUUUGAUAAAAGCAAAACGUGAACACUUUGAAAAAAUUUCAAAGUUAAAAGCCAGAGAGAUAAUGAAGAGUUGAAACUCUCGGUAAAAAAAAAACAUUUUUGAAAUAUAUCUAUCAUUUUUCGAUUUUCAUGAUCUGUUUUAGGUCAAGACUAUCACUGAAAGCGUCAAACGUGGUUCUGUGAGCACGAGAACCCCUGCUGAAAUCGAGGACAUGAUCAAGGAACUUUCCCAUUUGAAGCACAGUGGAAAACAAAUCGAAGACUUGAAGAAUAUUGAGCUCCUCACGUCAGUUCUCCAGAAAUUCUCUGAAGUACAAGGAAGUUUUCAGGGCGAAGGUCUCUUCGGCGCAAACAGCGACGAAAGUCUUUGUCAAAAAACAGCAGUCGGGGAGGGCGGCCCAGAGGGAAACGCCAAAGGAUAGUAUCGGCUCCAAAUUUCUGGGCGGAUGGAAAAAUAUAGCGAUCGAAGGGGGCAAAACGGUUCUUGGAGUUGCCACGAACGUCCUUUUCGGCAACAGCAGGCCGUCGAUUCCGGCGAUUUCUUCAACUCCCAAUAAAUUUGACACAUUGGCUUCGAACGAAGAAACGGAGGAUACUGCUGAAGUUUCCGAGGCUGAAGAGCGAGUUUUUUUGAAAGUUUUUUAAAGAACUCUAGUCCAAUAAAGACUCAUAUAUAGCCGCAUCACGUCUAUCUUGUAGGCGUGGUCUGCCUGCGCUCUCCACCGACCAGGCACUCUCUCUUUUUCUUAUCGUGUCAGGACCUUUUUUCAAGAUAGCUAAGCCAGUCGUGAAUCGGCUGUAUCUAUUCUUUUUCAAGCUAGGACGGGGCAGAACAUUCAGAACACUGUCCAAAUCGGAAAUUUCAAAAAAAAUAAAUUCGUAGACCAAAAAGGUUCUUUGCGAAUUCAGGUUCCCCUGAUUGAUUUUUUUUAACUGGUGGUUUUCAAAUUUCUGCUUCAUCACAUGGUGAUUCAUAAGAGUGAAAGAAAUUAGUUUAUGCGGUUUUUGAAAAAACCUUCCAAGCUUAUAUUAAACCCCCAAGUGUAAAGUUAAAAGAAACGGUAUCUUCUCAAAAAAAAAUCAUAGAGGACAGAGAGCCUUUCCAGAUGAGAUCCCAUUUUUUAUAAAUUUUGAUAAAUUCUCAGUUUUCAAUGAAUUAACCAAAGGUAAAUAAACACAUUACAGGGUUAUGGAGGUUGAUGAUCCCACGACUUCUGAAACACCUUCUGGUCCCAUCGUAUUGACAUCUUCUUCGGCUGCCGAGAAGAAGGACCAGCCGAAAGCUCAGGAAAAGCCGAAAAAUCAGCAGAACAACCGCGGGAGGAAUAAAGCCAACAAGAAGGGCAAGAACAACCGACGGCGCUGA